UAUAGUGGGUCUUUUGUUUUGUUUGUUUGUGUUUAAAGAUUUUUAGCUAUAAUUUAUUUGUUUAGUAAGGCUCAUUUGUUUUUGUUACCCAUGCUCUAAACAGCUGGUUCGCUUUUUCUGACAGUCACUUCUCCCGCAUUUCAGCUGGGGUACUGAAUACGGACGUUUAAAAGUAUUUUUUCGUUUCAAAUUACUUAAAAUCUUGUGUAUCACGCCAUGGUUCUCGUUGUCGCCAUAUGCGGCUGCAGAUUGGGAAAUGGUUAGAUUUUUGGUUUGCGAUUACACGGCGGAAUCGCGGUAUUCCGGGAGAAAGUGACGUGUUCUCUUUUACUUCUGGUAAGAGAAACGAACAUGCUGCAGAGUCUUACAGCGUUCAAAACUUGAAACGAUAGCUGCACGGCAUGGGGAACAAAAAUCUCAUUAUUGGUGCUGCGUAGCAUGUUUGAAACGUCAACUUUGUGGUGGUUCCGAUUUUUAGUAUCGCCGCUUCAGUGGCGGUGGUGCUCCACUACAAAAGCACAAUCCGUGUCUUUGCACAAAGCAGCCCCUAAGUGGGAGGGGAAGCUCAGUGGCCUUCGCGCAAAGCGUACGCCAAAACAGCUCGGUCGGGAAAAAAAGAAAAAAAGAAAAGAAGAGAAGACAGAGAGGGGGGCACCGUUUUGACGGGGCGUUUUUUUUGUGUGUGUUUGGAGGGGAGGGUACGCCAUCUGUGGCGAGUACCGCGCCAUCUGUUGCGAGUGCCGCGCCAACACGGUACUUAGUUUGCCCUUCUUCCGCAACGCGCCGCGUCGAUAGCGUCGUCGCCAUGGUAGGAGGAAACUGGAAACUGCACUUCCCUGGCUUCUGACGCGUGCAUCUCCGCAGUAUAUGAGAAAAAUAAAAAAUGAACGCGUAGACCUUAAAUAUUAAAAAGUUACUAACAAUAUAAAUUCAGUAACAUUUUAAAUUUAGUUGUAAAAGACAUUUCUCUAAAUAAAUAGCUAAUAUCUGGAAAUAUCAGGAAAAAGCUUCAUAUGUAUUUACUGCAGAAUUAUUCUGGCCAAUGGCGCCUUUUUCGGCCCGCCAGUACCGCUGCCGUCUUUGCUGUUAUCCUGCUACCGCGCUCGCUUUCUCUUUUCGCCAGUGUUAUUUCCACUUUUAAAACUUAAAGAUCAAAAGCGAGCGGACACGAAUGAGCUGCUCUCAAGUCUGUGCAAGCAAGCAAGUGCGAGUCUCGAUUUAGGACCGGUGAUUGACAGCCUCCGGCUCGCCACUGUUCUCCAUUUCAUCGAGCACGGCUACAAGGGAAUCGGAAGGAAAGGCCAGUGAGCAGACAUUAACGGACCUAAUGGACCAUAAAAAUGCCCCAGGUAAUUUCUACUAUGGAAUGUGCUAUCCUUUUUACUACCAGUCAACUCGUCUACAAGGUCCAUGUGGUCUAGCAAGGGCUGCCCACCACACCAGGGAGUGGCACCUUAGACCAUGCCAUUCAGCUACAGAAAAGACCUUGCCAUGCCAGGGACGAACACCUUACACUACACUACUCAGCAACAGGGCCAUACGGUGCAGAGAGGACCUGCCCAUGCCGGGGAUUGUCACCUUACAGUAUGUUACACAAUUACAGGGCCAUGAAAAGACAGCUGCAAGAUGACACAGGGCAAGAUGGUUUCCCAAUGCGUAAAGAUUGAACACCAACCUCCGCAAUGAAUCAGAAGAGUAGGGCCACUAGAAGCACCUGUAUGGAUAGGACACGAGUGUAGUAAUAAAACCAUAUUGCCAAUAUAAA